AUAUUCAAUCUUAAAUCUCCUGAAAACCCUCGGUUCCUCUCUUUAUAGAACUCUCUAGAACAACCCCUCCCUUUUUCUUCUUCUCUAUAAUCCUUCCCAUUUCUUCAACUCUCCCUCGUUCAUUCCCUGCACUCUAACCUCAUACCUGUUCCUUUCAUCUCUUCCUUACAGUUAGUUCCCUGUUCUUGAUUUUCUCCAAUGGAUGAAGAUUUUGAUAUCCCUGCCGCCGCUGACAUGGCCGACGACUUGGAUCUUUCUGAUGCAACUGUUGCUAUCAAGGUUGGGGAGGAGAAAGAGAUUGGAAAUCAAGGCUUGAAGAAGAAGCUUCUUAAGGAAGGUGAAGGAUGGGAAUUUCCUGACAAUGGCGAUGAGGUUGAAGUUCACUAUACUGGGACUUUGCUUGAUGGGACUCAGUUUGACUCUAGCCGCGAUCGUGGAACCCCGUUCAAGUUCACACUUGGUCAAGGACAAGUGAUCAAAGGAUGGGAUCUGGGUAUCAAAACAAUGAAGAAAAAUGAAAAAGCUCUUUUUACCAUUCCUCCUGAUCUAGCAUAUGGUGAAUCUGGCUCCCCACCAACCAUUCCUCCUAGUGCGACAUUGCAGUUCGAUGUCGAGUUACUAUCUUGGACAAGCGUUAAGGACAUAUGUAAGGACGGAGGAAUAUUCAAGAAGAUCUUAACUCAAGGGGACAAAUGGGAUAAUCCAAAGGACCUUGAUGAAGUGCUAGUUAAUUUUGAAGCUAAGCUAGACGAUGGAACACUUGUUGCAAAAGCUGAUGGAGUGGAAUUCACCAUUGGGGAUGGUUACUUUUGCCCUGCACUCGCAAAGGCUGUAAAAACCAUGAAGAUAGGUGAAAAGGCACUCCUCACGGUGAAGCCACAAUAUGGGUUUGGGGAGAAAGGUAAACCAGCCUCUAGUAAUGAAGGUGCAGUUCCACCAAAUGCAUCUCUCGAUAUUACUUUAGAGUUGGUAUCUUGGAAGACUGUUUCAGAAGUUACCCCUGACAAAAAGGUUAUCAAGAAAAUUCUGAAAGAAGGAGAAGGUUAUGAGAAGCCAAAUGACGGAUCCAUUGUCAAAGUGAAAUUGAUUGGGAAGUUGGGAGAUGGCAAGAUAUUUUUGAGGAAGGGACAUGAUGAUGGUGAAGAGCCGCUUGAGUUUAAAACAGAUGAAGAACAAGUGAUUGAUGGCCUUGACAAAGCUGUGGUGACAAUGAAGAAAGGUGAGAUAGCCCUGCUGACAAUAGCACCAGAAUAUGCUUUUGGUUCCUCUGAGUCACAACAGGAUUUAGCUGUCGUUCCUCCAAACUCAACUGUGUAUUACGAGGUUGAGCUGGUGGCUUUUGACAAGGAGAAAGAAUCAUGGGAGAUGAAUAACCAGGAAAAGGUUGAAGCUGCUGGUAAAAAAAAGGAAGAAGGAAAUGUGUUGUUCAAGUCUGGAAAAUUUGCUAGAGCUUCCAAGAGAUAUGAGAAGGCUGUGAAGUUCAUUGAAUACGAUUCUUCGUUUAGCGAAGAAGAGAAAAAGCAGGCGAAGGCAUUGAAAGUUGCAUGCAAUUUGAAUAAUGCAGCUUGUAAAUUGAAGCUCAAGCUGUACAACGAGGCAGAGAAAUUGUGCACCAAGGUGCUAGAACUUGAGAGUUCAAAUGUUAAGGCUCUAUAUAGAAGGGCUCAAGCAUAUAUCGAGCUAGCUGACUUGGAUUUGGCUGAAUUUGACAUCAAGAAAGCUCUUGAUAUCGAUCCAAAUAACAGGGAUGUAAAAUUGGAAUACAAAACUCUGAAGGAGAAGGUGAAGGAAUACAAUAAAAAGGAUGCCAAGUUUUACGGCAACAUGUUUGCCAAAAUGAAGAAAAUAGAAUCUGCCUAAUCCAAGGAGUGACCAGAAGAAGCAGCGUCCGCAUUUCAUACACGAGGUGACGGCGACGGCGACGACGAUAGGCCUGCGAGAAUAGUUUGGUUUGAGGGAACUGGAGUGGUUUUCCUUGUAUCUCACAGUAGUUUAUAACUUGAGGUUUUAGAGUUUUGAACUAAAAAUCGGUGAAUGGUUCCUUCUGGUUUUGAGAUCAUAACCACCGUUAUUUAUAUAAUUAAGUUGGCCAAAUCGAUCUCUUUUAAGACUUGACAAAUGCAUUUCCAUUGGAGCAUUUGCGAAAUUGGUAUUUGAGGAAGCCAGUAUUAAGGGAAAAAGUAUUCAAAUA